CCCCCCACCUCCCCUCCCCCUUGUGUUGCCACUCGUGGGUGCCGAAAUUAUUGUGACAAAUUACAGCUUUUAAAAUGUCGGAGAAUACUGCUGGUGGCAGUUCUGCCACUGAAGAAAAUGGAGACUCCGAAAUUUACCCGGGAUUUAAAAACAUCAAAGAGUUUACCCAGAGUGGGUUGCGGCUGUUGAUGGAGAACAUUCGGGACUCCAAUGGAUUGCCUAUUGGCCAGAGGUGGGACUACUAUACCAGCUUUCCGUCCUUCAAGAAAGUUAUGAAUGCUGAAGGGAAAAGAAUCCUCCAUCUAAUCAACCUGAUUUUACGCCAUCAAGGAGUUCAGGGCAAUGUCCUUCGCAGGGAUGAUGACGAAAAAUUUGAGCUGCUUGUUGAUGCUAAUGACCGUAUUUUUGAAAGAGUUGGAAAUACUCUUGACGAAAUUAUGGGCAUCAGGAAAAAUCCAGAGCCUGUACUGGUGGAAGCCACUGGAAAAACAAGAGCUGUCAGUGGGAGCUGGAACAAGGGAGCUUCUAGUAAAACAAAUCUUGACUCAGCUGCUCAGUUUGAACCACAGUCAGUUCGCUUGCUCACUGCCAAGAAUAUUGAAAGACCACAAGCCAAGUUCCGUGAUAAAAUUGACAACAGCAACUCAGCCUGGGAACCCCGAAUCAAGGAAAAACCGAAUGCCAUCAAGCCAUUAGCCAUCCUUCUUGGAUGUACUGAAGAUGGGGAAUGCUUCAGUCACCCGUACGAGUUUGAAUUGGACCGUUUUACACCACCAGAGGAACAGUUACAGGCGUCGGACCCCAUUGAACCUAAAGCUGUGGAUGAAGUGCCUCUCAUUAUGGUUGAAAGACAAGAGCAGAUAGCACCCCUUCUGGAAGACUUAUUGAAAUGCAAGACAAUUGCUGUUGAUCUAGAGCAUCAUUCAUAUCGAUCUUUUCAAGGGUUUACAUGCCUACUCCAAAUAUCUACAGGUGAAAAGGAUUAUUUAAUUGAUACUAUUUCUCUUCGAUCAGACCUUCAUGUUCUCAAUGAAGCUUUUACUAAUCCGAAAAUCCUGAAGGUUUUCCAUGGAGCUGAUAGUGAUAUCCCCUGGCUUCAGAGAGACUUGUGCCUAUAUGUAGUGAAUAUGUUUGACACCUACCAAGCAGCCAAAGUUUUGAACUUUGCGGGCCUAUCUUUAUCUUUUCUACUGAAACAUUACUGUAAUGUUAAUGCUGAUAAGCACUUCCAGAUGGCCGAUUGGCGCAUUAGGCCACUACCUGAUGAGUUGAAACACUAUGCAAGAUCGGAUACUCAUUACCUGAUAUACAUUUAUGAAAGAAUGAGAAAUGCUUUAUUGGAAGCAGCUAAUGGACAAACAAAUUUGUUGCAAGCAGUGUAUCAACGAAGCACAGAAACUUGCAAGCGUCGCUAUAACAAAUUAAUUUUGACAGAUGACUCCCAUAUGACGCUUUACCGUAAGAGUAAAAAAAUGUUUACUAAUCAACAAAUGUAUGGUCUUCAGCACUUAUAUCAAUGGAGAGACAGAAUUGCUCGGGAAGAAGAUGAAAGUCUCGGGUAUGUUUUGCCGAACCAUAUGUUACUUCAUAUCUCAGAGUUGCUUCCGAGAGAAAUUCAAGGUAUUCUAUCAUGUUGCAAUCCUAUUCCACCACUAGUUCGGCAACACCUCAUUGAAAUGCACCAGAUCAUUUUACGCGCAAGAGAACAGCCACUUGUCAAGCCUGUUGUUGAAGAGGAGUUACGUCAAAGACCUGUGGCCGAAGCCUGGGCUAAACUCAACCUUGAGAGCCCAUUGUGUUGUCCCCAUGAUAUGUCAUUCCAGCUUGACUUCCGAGAUGAUUUGCCUACGCUUCUUGAACCAUUGAAAAAUGGUGAUGUGGAUAAGAACCUAAGUCAAAGUUUAAAUAUGAGAGCAUCCCUCCCAUUGUACUCUAACAACUCUUUUGUUAAUGUGACUCAAACUCAUCUAGUUAAAGAACGACCCAAGAUUGACUUUGGAUUUUCAUCCUCAACCAAUGAUGGCACUGGUGGAUCACAAAACCAGUCAAAGGCUAAAGAUUUGCUCGAGAAAGUGAGUUUCUUGAGUCCAUUUGAGUGUUACAAGAAAGUACGCCCAUAUCUAGAUCACUUAGAACAAGAAAAGCUUCGGAAGCAUCAAGAAGAAGAAGAAUCACGCAAGAUGGCUGCUGCCCAGCAAGCUCAAUCUACUAGCACUGAUCUCUCCAUUGAAGAACGAAUAUCAAGGAUGCAAGAAGAUAUAAGAAAGAUGACAAAUGAAAAUACCAAUUCACCUAAACCAGAGGACUUGCCACUAUAUCAGGCUAAAGGUUCAAAGAGGAAAACAUCCCAGCUUAAAGGAAAGUCAUUUGAGGAAGGAGAUCUACAACCUCAACCAAAGUUAAUGAAAGUUGAUGAUAAGCCCUUCAAGGGCCAGAAAAAGGGUCAAAAUAAUAAAGGUGGAAACCAAUCAAGUAAGACUCCAAAUAAAAGUGGAUCAUCGAAAUUUGAACCGUUUGACUACAAGCAAGCAAAUUAUAGCAAAUUCCAAAGUGGAAAUAAGAAAAACAAAAGCCAGGAAGUUCAGCUGAACUUUUCAGGAAAAAAAAGGGGUAAAAAUGCAAGAACUUCAACCUCAAAAGUGUUAAAAAGUUUAGAUGGAGAUGCAGGUGGUUCCAGUGGAAAAGGCAGAGGCCGUCGAUAGUGCAAUUAUUUUGUCAAACAAUUUUAGCAUAAAAUCUAUGUUUGAUGUUUAGUCAUUGUUUAAUUAUAUAUUUUUUGUAAAAAGAUAACAAAAUACAAAUUUGAAAUAAAAUUGGUAAAUUUUAAACAA